CACUUUACUCUUCUCUGACAGCCUUCCCGGGCUCCCCAGAGCGCAGCCGACGUGCCCCACACCUACACAGCCAACCCGAUGGCGUCCGCUACUGCCGUGCCUGUAGGAUUUCACUAUGAAACCAAAUACGUAGUGCUCAGCUACCUGGGCCUUUUAGCACAGGAGAAGCCACAGGAGCAUCAUCCUCCUCCUCCUCCUCCAACUCAAGGGACUCAACAACAGCUUAUGGCACAACAUGCUCUGGAGAAAGAGGCUUUGGAGAAGAUUAAAAUAGAGAUCGAGGAGGAGCUAAAACAUCUUGAUGAAGAAAUCUUGGAAGCAUUUACCACGACAGGGUUUGACUGCCACACUUCCCCAGUGUUCAGCCCUGCCAAUCCAGAGAGCUCAAUAGAAGACUGCCUGGCUCAUCUGGGGGAGAAAGUGUCCCAGGAGUUGAAGGAACAUCUGCACAAAGCACUGCAGAGCUUGCUUAGCAAGCCGGUGACGUAUCAGGAAUAUCGGGAGCGCACGCAGGAGGCAGCUGCUCAUGCCAGUGGAUGGAACAAGGUCUUGGUGCCCCUGGUUCUGUUACAACAAUUUCUGAUGGAGCUGACCAGACGGGGCCAGGAACCACUGAGUGCCCUUGUGAACUUUGGGGUGACAUAUCUAGAAGAUUAUUCUGCAGAUUAUAUCAUUCAACAAGGAGGAUGGGGAACAGUUUUCACUUUGGAAUCGGAAGAGGAAGAGUAUCCUGGGCUCAUUGCAGAGGACAGCAAUGACAUUUACAUCCUGACCAGUGACAACUCAGGGCAGGUGAGCCCCCCAGAGUCCCCCACAGUGACCACGUCGUGGCAGUCGGAGAGCCUGCCCGUGUCCCUGUCGGCGAGUCAGAGCUGGCACACGGAGAGCCUGCCAGUGUCCCUGGGACCUGAGUCCUGGCAGCAGGUGGCCAUGGAUCCUGAAGAAGUCAAAAGCCUGGACAGCAACGGAGGGGGCGAAGAGAGGAGUGAGAACAACUCUUCCAACUCCGACAUUGUUCACGUGGAGAAGGAAGAGAUACCAGAGGGGAUUGAGGAAGCAGUGGUGCCAGCCGGUGCUGCAGAGACCAUGCAGGCAGCCUUUCCAGAAACCUCUGCUUCUUUACAGGAAAUAAAACCUCCUGAAAUUGCUGCUGCUGGAAAAGCACAUCCCUCUGCACUUCUGCGUACAAAACAGGAGGAGAAGGGAAAAGCAGCUGAAGAGCUUGUUGAACCUGAAAUCCCCGUGUUAAGUAAACCUGUCCCAAAGUUAGCUCCAUCAGAAGAAAAGGCUGCACCAGAACCUGAGAAAAUACUGCUUCCAGGGGAAAAAAAGGGGGGGAAAGAGGGUCAUUUGGAAGAAAUAGAAGAGAAAUCCUCAGCUGCAGAGGAGAAGCCUAUCCUGUUGCCAGAAGGGAAAUCUAUACUGCUGUACGGCGGGGCUGCCGCCGUCGCUAUAUUGGCUGUGGCAGUGGGAGUAGCGCUGGCGCUUAGGAAAAAGUAACGGAGCUCUCUUGAGGAGGAGGGGGGAGAGAAGAGAGCACAUCCAGUUUUUGUAGUUGUGUUACCUAAAGGUUGAGCUGCCUGCUGUUUAAUUGGACAUUUGAGUAACUCAGUGGUGAUGAGGUGAGGUUGUCAAUAAGCCUCCAGCUACGGACAAUCAUGUUUUUAAGUAGAAUCGGGGCGGGGACUGGUUUUUCGUGAUUAAAGUAUGGGGGUAUUUUUAAAAAAAAAAAAAAAAAAUCUGCAAAUUUAAGAACUUAAAGUGCAGGUGCUGAAGAAAGGGGUGCUCAUACUCUAGGAACUGGAACAGAGAAUCCCCAGGGGAAGGGGAGAGCCAGCUGCUGCCAACCCCUGGAGAUUUUGGCUUCUCAGAUUGACCGCUACUGCAGCUGUGCUGUCUUGUCACUUCCUGUUGUGCCCCCGAGCCCCUCCUAACAAACAUUAGCCAACCUGAGUCCUGUAGCGAGAGGCUGGUGUCCCUUUUGUCUCAGCUUCCUCUCAGGUACAGCACUGCUCCUCAUAACCUUCCAGGUUCCUCCUAAGCCCCAGUGGGACAGUGCUUAUUCUUACCUCUUGGCUCACACUGGUUUUGGCCCCUAACGUUUACUGGAGCCCCAUCCUGUAAAGAUGCUGCCUCUCUAUAGCUGUAUUAUCUCUGAGCAUCCUGGUGUUCCUGGGGCAGUGCUGCUGCCCAGGAGGGUGAGAGGGACACUGCUGUUUGCUGGUUUGAGAAUCCAUUUGCUCUGCUCCUGCCCAGCCCACUUUACUGCAAGCCCUUCAGAGGUACGAAAUUGAUGCUGGACACGGUGCCAUUGGGAUCACUACUCUGAUAUCUGGGGUAGAUUCAGCAAAAACACGGCAAAACCGUGUGGAAGCAAGGCCAGUGCCUCAAGUGCAAUUCAGACGUUAAACGCUCUGCUGUCCUGUGUCACGCUGCAGUCUGCAUUGUCUUCCCCAAAUUAAGCACAGAGUGUAUUUAGUCCUAACUUGGUCUUGCCUGUGACAGAAUCCCAGAUAUAUAAAGCAAUGGAUUCUAGUAACUGAGCAAAAGAGCAUUAAACAUCUCUAUCUGCUUGUUCCUGGCCUGGCCUGGAGUGCUGUUCAGUGCCAUUUCUUUUUGUGACUGUGAAUCUGUAACUGGCUGAACUUACAGGUUCACAAACGAUGAGCAAUUUACUUUGGCAAAAAAAAGAAAUCCCCCUUCCUGCAGUCACAGCACUUCAGGUGUGCGUGGAGAGAAGCUCUCAAGUGUUGCCCUACUCCUCAGAGGGAUCCUGCCACAAGCGUUCCUCUUUCAGCACGUGUCUGUGUGUCUGUCCUUGUCCAUACCGCAGCUCCGUGGGCAACACCUUGGGCUUCCCAGCAGAACUGUGCAUGCAUCUCUGAGGGUUGGUGCUGGCACUGUGGCUUAGACCAGAUGGAGGAAGGUGAAAAGGGAACUUGUGAUAAUGUAAAAAAUGAAACAUGAGCUUAUAGGAGACUUCGCAAAGCACAAAGACAAGGUACUUUUAUUUCUAAAUUAUUAUUUCUAAGUAACUAUAUCAAGAGUACAUCUCCUGAUGAGCCUGUUUCUUAAGGGAUCUCAGAAUGAAGAGAUCUUAGCAUAGUCUCUAUUUUAGAAUAUCCUUGCUGCAUUUUCCUAUCCCAGGAUGCUGGAAAGUUAGUCAGAAUGUGUCAGAUUCUGAGGAACUAUUUUUGUGUAAGCUUUUGUGAAAUGGAUUUUCUAGAAAAAAUGGAUUUUGAACUGUCUGUGUGUGAAGUUGAAUAUUGAAAGGAAGGUUUGUGUAUAUACUGCCACUGUGGACUGAACUUGGGAGCUCUGGAGUUCUGGACUGUACUGUUGAUAACUGAUUGCUCUUCUUCCAUGUACAAAACAUAGCAGGUUGGCCUUAUCAGAAAAAAAAAAACAACAAACCCAAAUCUUUUAUCACAUUGCAAAAUGGAAUUGACUUUUUGCCAUUUUCUGGUGCCCUGCUGGUACUCAUUGCUGUGCUGUGUCCCUGGAAGGGGUGGCUGGGACCUCCUCAUGCCAUGGACUCUGGUGUCUGCAUUCCCACCAUGGCAGUUCCCUCUCCUGGCCCCUUGCAGGAGCUUCCUCCACGUGGAGGAGAGGUCUCUUUAUGCUCCAUCUGUCAUGGACAUGCAGGAUAGGGUUGUUUCAGUAGGAGUGUGGACAUGGGUGGAGGACAGACAAGAAUAAAUCCAGGCUGGCAAGGGAAGAAGUCCCAGACUUAUUGCCACAAGGAGCCCAGUGGGGCAUGAAAUAUAAAUCUUCCAUGCACAGCAGUGAGAAGGUGGCAGCACUAGUAAGGAAAAUAAAUGAGUGUGUUAGGCAUUUUCAUGGUCAGGCCUUGAGUGUCUGGUGUGUUGCUACAUUUCAUGGAGCAUCAGUUGCAAGGUAUGUUUUGGUUGCUUCAUCUUUUCUUUGUAAUGUUCUUCUUCUGGGGUCUUUUAGAUUUGGCAAGUCAGCGAGAAUUUGAACUGACCACGUGUUCAGAAAAUUUACUGUAUGAGUCUCUUUCCUCUGGCACACUCCACUAGUUAAAAAGGUCAGCUGUGAGGUUGAGUUCUGCAGAGUUUGGAGUCCUGUGGUCAGAGCUGAGAUCACCAAAGGUGGGUAAGCUCAGAUGGCAGUGUUCCUACAGACCUGAGUGAGAGGCUGCACUGUUAAGAGGUGUGAUUAAACAAUGGAAGUUUUCUUCCCCCCUAUUUUCAAGUAUAUUACAUUAAUCCUAAACUGCAGGGUCCAAUUACCCUGGAAGGUGUGGUGCAGCCUCUCUUUAGAGCAUCUCCUGUAGCUGGCAGAGGGAAGGCAGGAGCUAUAUACCUGCAAAAGGGCAUAGAGAAUUAUGUUCACUUGUCUUGCUCAUCCCCUUCCCAGAAGUGCCUCAAUAUCUGUCCUUGAGUGGCCUGUACUUUAACAAAAUAUCUACCUUAGACCCAUUCUGUCUUCACUUUAUCCUUAGCAUACCCUAAAGCUGAGAUGCUAAAAUAGCAGAGGACUGGAUCUGUGAAAAAAAGUGGGAAAUACUUAAGGAACUGCAGUGGGUAGCGUGUCAGUAAGGAGUUGUCAAGGGAAAGGCUUUCAGGAUAAGGUGCAACUUAAAUUUAGCUGUGCUUAAUUCUAAGCUGUGCUUAGUUGGGCAUUGUGGCUGGGAGCUGGGCAGGGAGUUUCUUCAGCUGGCACUGCAGGAACAAGAGGCUGAGAGCAAAGACAGAAUUCCUCUGUUGCCCAGAGUGCAGAUGCAGAGCCAUGUCCCAGCUCUUGUGUGCUGGGUGGAGCCUGGUGGGCUCCUGAGUCCCUUGAGCUCAGAAGAUCCAGGCUGUGGGGCAGGUCAGUACUGCAGGAAUCCAUCCUGUUUGUGAGGGCUUCAUUUUUCCCUCUAGCUGUGCUCAGGCAGCUGCAGCUCAAGGGCCAGCUGGAAGCUGAGUGCUCUUACACAGGACAAGUUUUGCUGCCAGAAUCCCAUUUCCUUCCUUCCCCCACAGCUAGGCUAAAACUUUGGACUGGCUUUUUAAACUAAUCAAUGCUUUCUAAUGGUUACAAAUGAAAAGUAUAAUUAGUACUAAACAAGUUUGGUCUUCUUUCAUUUUAAUGAGUGUAGUAGAUGAAAUAAUCUGAGGUUAUAAACCUUCCCUAUAGUUAAUGUCUGUUACAGAGGUAUGGCAGUACUGUCUAAGCCCUAGAAAGGUAGAUCUUGCUCUUCUGGCACCUCAGUUGUUCGUUCACCAAGCCAGAGCAAGCUCCUGUUACAGAGUUUUGGAGUGCAAUUACAAUUUUGCUGUGAAAUGGGGGAGUGGGGUGGGGAGGUCACACAUGGCCAGCCCAGGUGUGAUGCCUACAGGCACCACAAAGCCCAGGGCUUCAGCAGAAUGCCGUAUUCUGGGCUCUAUUUGUGUCUGCUCAUGUUGGAGCACAAUGGGAGAAAGUGUUUCCCAGUGACAAAUUCCUGUUUAGUAUCUUUAUUGAUGCACUGGAUGAGGGAAUGGAGUUUAACAUCAGCAGACUUGCAGAUGGCACAAAGUUGGGUGCAAGUGUUGGUCUGCUGGAGGGUAGGAGGGCUCUGGGAGGCACCGGGACAGACUGGAUUGGUAAGCUGGGGACAGAGUGGCUGGCCAGAGGCCAGGCAGAAAGGGACCUGGGGGUGCUGGUGACAGCAGCUGAACAAGAGCCAGCAGUGGGCCCAGGUGGCCGAGAAAGCCAAUGGCCCCUGGCCUGGGUCAGGAAUGUGGGGCCAGCAGCAGCAGCAGCAGGGCAGAGAUUGUCCCCCUGGACUCGGCACUGGUGAGGCCACAGCUCGAGGGCUGUGCCCAGCCCUGGGUCCCCCCGUUUGGGAGGGAUGGUGAGGGGCUGGAGCCAGUCCUGAGAAGGGCAGCAAGGCUGGUGAGAGGUCUGGAACACAAGAGGAGCAGCUGAGGGAGCUGGGAGUGUCAGCCUGGAGAGGAGGGGAGCAGGGGAGAGGCUGUGCCAGGGGAGGUUGAGUUUGGACAUUGGGAAGAAGAACAGAAGGGGUGAUUUUCUUCACAGAAAGGGUGAUUGGGCAUUGGAAUGGGCUGCCCAGGGAGCUGGUGGUGUCAGCAGCCCUGCAGGGGAUUGGAAAGGCUGGAUGUGGCACUGAGGGCCAUGGUGUGGUUGCCAAGGUGGUGUUUGGUCAUAGAUUGGACUUGAUAAUCUUAAAGGUCUUUUCCAAACCCAGGUGGCUCUGUUAAACAUGGAGGGGUGAGGCACAAUACUCUCUCUACCUAGUGAGGGCAGAAGCUGUGCAUGACUUUAACUGGGCCUGGACUGCCUAAUUUCAGCACGAGGAAGGUUGCAAGAACAGUAUUACUUUGACUUCAUGUAUGUACCUGUGCUUAAAGGUGCAAGCUCUGUAUUGCUGUAACAAAUAAAAUGGGGGGGGAGGUAUUUAAAGAAUUUCAGCCAGCACUACCUGACUGGGGUAGAGCAAGGCCCAGAGGGAGCAGGGACUGCAGGGCCAGGUCUAGGCACCAGAACUCAGUUUGUGUCUGAUAAAGUGAAGGUACCUGACCAGGAUUUGGCUGGGGAAACACAGCAGCUCACAAGGGUCAGUAAAGUCCAGGGGAACCACAACACAUCAGUUAGCUCCACUUCUUUAAGUUAAAUUUAUCAUUUUUUUCCUACUUAGAAAAAAAUGAUACUGCCCUUCUCUCAGUCUCUUGGGUAGGCUGACUUGCUUCCUCCAAGCUCAAGGUCUAUGGUCAUGCUGUAGAAGUGGGGGAGCUCCUGUUGGCUUCCAGUGGAAGCUGCUUUUGAUCUCCCUGCAGUAUCUGCAGGGCAGGCAAGGGACACUAGUGAUGUGGACACAACAAAUUGCAGAGGAUGCAUCUUACUGCUGUUACCUUUAGGGGCUUUGUCCUCAGUUUUAACUCGCAAGAUAAGCUUUUAUUCAAGUGUAAACCUAAAAACCCACCCAGACCAAAAGAAUGCCACUUGAUUUGUUAAGUAGCAAAGUCUAAUGGGACUGACUCUGAAGCUGCAGGUUAGGGGAUCUCUUCUGCUGGGUGUAAGCAAAUAGUGACAGACUUGCAGGGAUUUUGGAUUCUGUUCUCAAGAGGCCUGCCCUGGGGGAGAGACCCUGACUGGUCUCAGGUCACCCAUUAUCCCAGGAACUCAUCAUACUGUUCCUUCCAAUAUGCAAGUGCAGCCCUCUUGGGGAAAACUUGUCUGAAGCUUCUUGUGCCAUUUGGUUAAUAAAAGUGUUUCCACCUUGACAAGAAAGUUCCUUCCAGCUUCAUUGUUCAAUAUUCAGUUCAAGUGAAGGGGUAUGUACAUUUUUUCCCUCUGCUAAUGGGACACUGCUGUAAGACCAUGCCCCCAGGUUGCACUUUAAUAAAUGGUACAGUUUUCAAAAACAA